AUGUCAAAGGUCGUUAAAAUACCUGAUAUGUUUGUGAAAGCUGCAGCUAUUAAAAGGUGAGUUAAUUUUAUAUCGGUUAUGAGAGGGGAUUUUAUUUAUUUAAUUCAGAAAAUCGACCGGAAAUGAAAAUAUGAAUCCGAAUGGCGAAGCAUCGCAUGUAAAAGACGAAGUUAUUGUGAAAAAGGCAAAAAACGAUGAACCUUACUGUUUGAAGAAUCUUGUUCAUUGUGAAUCUUGGUCGAAAUUACUUUAUGACGAAUUUCAGAAGCCGUAUAUUGCAAAAAUUGAAGACUUUUUGAAUUCUGAAGUCACGAAAAAGAAGCAAGUAUUUCCACCGCAAAAUGAAAUAUUCACUGCUUUCAAUCUAAUUCCAUUCGAAGAAAUCAGCGUUGUAGUAAUUGGACAAGAUCCAUAUCACGAUGAUAAUCAAGCCCACGGAUUAUCAUUUUCUGUCAAAAAAGGAGUCAAACCUCCGCCAUCUUUGAAAAAUAUUUAUAAGGAAUUGGAAAGUGAUAUUGAAGGUUUCAAAAAACCCGAUCAUGGUAAUCUUGUUGGCUGGGCAAAACAAGGAGUAUUUAUGUUGAAUGCAACACUGACUGUUCGAGCACAUGAAGCAAAUUCGCACGCCAAAAUUGGUUGGCAAAAAUUCACCGACACUGUGAUUUCAAUAAUCUCCAAACAAUCAGAAAAACCAAUUGUUUUCUUACUUUGGGGAGGAUUUGCACAUAAAAAGGAAGAACUUAUCGACAAAAAGAAGCAUAUCAUUAUAAAGGUGGAGACAUAGUUUGUUAUACAAAAUUUAUAAAAUUAAUUUCAGACUGCUCAUCCAUCGCCUUUAAGUGCUAGAAAAUGGCAUGGCUGUAAAUGUUUCUCAAAAUGCAACGAAGAACUCGAAAACAAUGGAAGAAAUCCAAUCGAUUGGAAUAAUUUGUAA